GUUUACAUCCGGUUAGAAAGAACGCGCAUCAAGAAGGAGAACGCCAAUUUAAUCAAACUACAGUUUUGUAAACUUCACGAGGUUUUUAACCACCAAAAUGUCUCAACUAAAUGUGUUCAGGGAUUAUUUCAAUGAACGAUUAACAACGGCAGCUUUGGAGAUAUUUGCAGCCGCUGAAAAAUUGUUUACCGAGUUCGAAGAGGAGAUUUCUCGUUCAAAGGAGGAGAGCACGCGACUGCAACGCUUGUUGGACAUUGUUACUCAACCUGAGAUCAAGCUUCACCGAACAGAUGUGCAGCGGCUCUCUCUCCCGGAACCCCAACAGAUUAAAGAGGAACAGGAGCUGUGGACCAGUCAGGAGGAAGAGCAGCUCCAAGGACUGCAGUCUGAAACUACAGACUCCGUGUUCACUUCUACCAGUGUGAAACAUGACUGGGAUCAGGAAGGCUCCUCUGAAUGUUCACAUCUUGACCAAACUGUUAAAGUGGAGAACAGAGAAGGAGACUCUCUACCCAGCAACACAACUGAUGAGCAAAUCAAAGCAGAGCCUGAUGGACAAGACUGUACAGCACCAGAACCAGGCAGUGACUCUCAGACCCUCUCUGUUGAAGCUCCAGACUGUCCUACAGCUCAGAGUUUGGAGGAGGAAGAACACAGAGUGCAGCUUUUUCUGAACAGAACACAAGACAGUGAAGCUCCGCCAAGGGAACAUAUGCCACAGAGACGUCACAGAGGAAAAACAAAACAUCAGUGUCAAGAAUGUAACAAAACUUUUUGUGGAAAAGGUGCUUUGGUUUUUCAUAUGAGGAAACACACAGAAGAUAAAUCUUAUCACUGUCAACAAUGUAACAAACCGUUUUCUGAAAAGGGUAAUCUGGUUAAACACAUGAAGACGCACACAGGAGAGAGACCUUUUCAAUGUCAGGAAUGUAGCAAACUAUUUGCUCGAAGGGAUACUCUACGUGAACACAUGAGGACACACACAAGCGAGAAACCAUAUAAGUGUCAACAAUGUAACAAAUCAUUUUGUCGUCCAUAUGGUUUGGUUAUACACAUGAGGGGGCACACAGGAGAGAAACCUUUUCAAUGUCAACAAUGUAACAAAACUUAUAGUGAAAAAAGUGCUUUGUUUUUUCAUAUGCGGAUACACACAGGAGAAAAGCCUUAUCAGUGUCAACAAUGUAACAAACGGUUUCCUCGGAAGGGUAAUCUGGCUAUUCACAUGAGGACACACACAGGAGAGAAACCUUAUCAAUGUCAACAAUGUAACAAAAAGUUUUCAAUGAAUAGUAGUUUGGUUGUGCACAUGAGGACACACACAGGAGAGAAACCUUAUCAAUGUCAACAAUGUAACAAACUGUUUUCAAUGAAGUGUAAUCUGGUUGUGCACAUGAGGAUACACACAGGAGAGAAACCUUAUCAAUGUCAGAAAUGUAGCAAACACUUUUCUAAAAGUAGUUCUCUGUAUGCACACAUGAGGACACACGUUUUUCGGUCAGACCUUCCUCCUUUAUCUUGCCAUUAAGAGUUCUCUUAAUUAGCAGUAAAAGUUCUUCAGUAAGAGUUUCCUCUUAAAACAUAUUCUCAAAGCUGCUGAGACCAACUUUUGGUGGGAAUAGGGAAAAAUGUUAAGCUAAAACAAACGAACAUGAUGCUAUGGAUGAUGUCAAGAAGCUUACUAACUAUGCCCACAGUGAUUGGCUAAUAGGGGGAUGGAUCUCUGUAAAGUAUUUCAUUAUAGGAAUAUUGUAUGAGGUAGGGCUGGGCGAUAUGGGUAAAAAAUUAACGAUAAUUAAACGAUAGACCACAGAUCUGUAGUAGUACCUAAAUAAGUCUCCUCCUCA